GGGCACGCUUCCGGCGCCGUGCGCUGCGGCGGGGCUUGCUGGGAUCAUGGCGGAGAACCACUGUGAGCUGCUGCCGCCGGCCCCGGGCGGCCUCGGGGCGGGGCUGGGGGGCGGCCUGUGCCGCCGCUGCAGCGCGGGGCUCGGCGCCCUGGCCCAGCGCCCCAGCUGUGUGUCCAAGUGGGUCCGGCUCAACGUGGGCGGCACCUAUUUCCUCACCACUCGACAGACGCUGUGCCGGGACCCCAAGUCCUUCCUGUACCGCCUGUGCCAGGCCGACCCGGACCUGGACUCGGACAAGGAUGAAACAGGUGCCUACUUGAUCGACAGAGAUCCCACCUACUUUGGGCCUGUGCUGAACUAUCUGAGGCAUGGGAAGCUAGUCAUCAACAAAGACCUCGCCGAGGAAGGAGUAUUGGAGGAAGCAGAAUUUUACAAUAUCACCUCACUAAUAAAACUUGUAAAGGAUAAAAUUAGAGAACGAGACAGCAAAACAUCACAGGUGCCCGUGAAGCAUGUGUACCGUGUGCUGCAGUGUCAGGAGGAAGAGCUCACGCAGAUGGUGUCCACCAUGUCUGACGGCUGGAAGUUUGAGCAGCUGGUCAGCAUCGGCUCCUCUUACAAUUAUGGAAAUGAAGACCAGGCUGAAUUCCUUUGUGUGGUCUCCAAGGAGCUGCACAACACUCCGUACGGUACGAGCAGCGAGCCCAGUGAGAAGGCCAAGAUUUUGCAGGAACGGGGUUCAAGGAUGUGAGAGGCAGUGCCGACAGCUCAAGAAACCAUUUACUUUUUCCCAAGAUGCAAUGAGCCGCCAUGUCCAGGAAGCUUGGCCGUGAGAAGAAAUCUGCUUUUGAUUAUUUUUCUAGA